AUCACAUCUCCAUCCUCUCAUUCCCAAUUAUCUCAUUGUGACAUAUCAUUGGAUAGAUAGAUAUCACUAACAAUAUCCAAAACCCAUUUUCUAGAUUUCUUCAAUUUCCCUAUGAAAGCAAUCUUUGGGGCCUUUCUUUUACCAAAUUAUGCUUUGAUUUCAUCCCACAAUUUGUGGGUAUUUUCUCUCACCCUCACAACCAACUGAUUUGCAACAAACCCACUUGCUAAAUUGAUUGGCCGAUCAAAGUUGACUGUUCUUGGUGGGUUUAUAUCGAAGUUCAAGCUUUUGUCAUGUUGGUUUUUGACUGAAUAUAUAUCAGCUUUACUUGACAAUGUUGCCUGUUUGCUCAGCCAUCACUAGCUGUUCCUCUCAUUCUCAGAUUUUUUUAUAUGGAGGGUUGCAACCUGUGUCCUCGUACCAGAAUGCAUGUAAGGUUAGAUGCAUUGUCGAAGAAAGGGUGGCUUUGGGAUUGUCUAGUGGAAAUCAUCUUCAGGGAGUUACUUUCAAAACGGAAGCUGCUACAUCUUUUUAUGCUAAUUUUAUUGAUGGCAGAGAACAAUCUGGCCCCAUGGGUUUCAUUAACAUGUCUCCCUACCAAAAUGAAUUAGGUGACGGUAAAUGUGAAUUUGUGGAUAAUUGGAGUUAUUCAAUGGGUGGAACAAAUGUACCACACUACGUAGGAAAAGGAGAUCUGAAGUUUGUAGCAAGUUCGAGUGUAUCUGCUGAGGAACAGGAGCUCAUGGACUUCACAGACACUAAUAUCUUACCAGAGCCUGCUGAUCCUCAAACAAUAACAACUACAGAUGUUAUUACAGAUGAUCCUGCGUCUCUAUCUGAUUCGUUGACUAUGGAUGAUGAUUCAUUUUCCAGUGUGAAAACAAGUAUUGAGAAUAUUUUUUCUGGGGUUAAUGCAUCUAUUAAUGGUUCAGUCAAUAAUGGAGAAAGUUUUCUGAAAAACUCAUUCGAUAAAAUUACUUCAUCAGUAACAUCUGUUUUGAAAGGCGCUAAUGAAGCAGUUGAUAAUGCUGUUAAUAAAGUGAUCUCAUCUGUUGAUCGAGUGGGCGAAUUAGGUGCUAAUAAAUUCACUGGCUUCUCCAAUGACAUAAAGGAAGCAUCAAAUAAAGUGGGUACAGUUACUGUUGAUAUCUUGAGGCGUACAAUUUUUCAAAUUGAGGAUUCCGUAAAUCAAGGCGCCACCUACGUUGUUUAUGUGUAUGGAUCAACAAAGAAUUUGCUUCCUCCAGAAGCCCAGAAUGUGCUAAGUUUGUCUGAAGAGAGGGUAGUAAAAAUCUCGAGGCCAGUUGGGACUGCUUUUCAGCAGAUUUACACUGCUUUAGAGUGGUUGGAGAAAAGUAUUGGCUUGGAUCCCAAUGAUCCAAUUGUCCCCUUUGUUCUUUUCAUUGGAACCUCAGCAGCUUUAUGGGGUUCUUACUGGUUAUUUACAUAUGGUGGAUACGCGGGAGAUUUAUCUCCUAAGUCAACUUUGGAGCUGUUGACAAAGCAGAAGAAUGUUGUGCUCAUUGAUGUCCGGCCCGAGGCAAGAGACAGACUCAGGGAGGAAAGAGAUGGGAUUUCCUUGAUCUUUCGAGGGGCAGCUCGGUUUCGAUAUGGCAAUGUGACACGGCCUGAGGUCAAUGGUUCUAUACGGAAGUUAUUGAAAAGUGGAAGGGACCUUGAUGAUUCCUUGAUAGCUGUUGUCAUUCGGAACUUGAAGAUCAUUCAAGACAGAUCCAAGGUUAUAGUUAUGGAUGCAGAUGGUACUCACUCCAAGGGCAUUGCAAGAUCACUGAGGAAACUCGGGCUUAAGCAAUCGUAUCUGGUCCAAGGUGGCUAUCAGUCUUGGUUGAAAGAAGGUCUUCGUGUGAAGCAGCUAAAACCCGAGACAGCACUUACCAUACUCAAUGAGGAAGCUGAGGCAAUCCUAAAAGAUAUCAAUCCUACUCCAGUAAAAGUUCUUGGGUAUGGGGUGGGUUUUGUUGCAGCAUCAUAUGCAUUGCUAGAGUGGGAGAAGACGCUGCAAAUUAUCGGCAUUGUUGGCCUUGCUCAGACUCUAUAUCGGAGGGUUGCUUCUUAUGAGAAUGCUGAAGAUUUUAAGCAAGAUAUGAGGUUAUUGAUGAGUCCUGUUAGAUUGGGAGGUGAAGCAAUUUCAUGGGCUGCUGGGAAACUAGAAACUAAUGGGAUUGGACUACCAACAUCACCUUCGUCGUUAGAUGUUCAGAACAGGGUGUUGCAGGCUGCUGCCAAACAUGAAUCUCAACCGUCUGAUGGUGAAGAAAACCAAGAUUUAACAGCUCCGGUCAAUGAGAACAUAGAUCUGUCUGAAGCAUAGGGUGAAUAUUUAUUUUCUUUUGCAGUUUAUAUAGUUCCAAGUAUAGCCUUUUUUUUAACUUUUUGACAGUGAGAACUUAGCUGGGUUUUAUCAUUGAUAAACUUUGUAAAGUAAAACUGGCUGUGACAUGUAAAAAUACAUUUGGAAUUGGAGACCUUUCCUUUCAAAACCACGGUUCAGUUUCAUCGGAAUA